AUGGCUACUGUUGCUGAUCUGGCGUCAUACCGCGACAUCCCAGUGUUCGGCUGGGUGUCAAGCACCAUCGGCCUGGACAACAAGGACAGGUUCUCCACACUCAUCAGGGUGUUGCCGCCAUUAUCAUCUCUUGGAAGCAUCUUCGUGUCCUUCUGCAGGAACUUGGGGUGGCUGAACGUCGUGAUGAUGUCCACGGAAGGGCUGUAUACGCGACAGUUGGCAGAGUCAAUGUUGUACACCUUCAACAGCGAAAACAACACCGACUUCAGCCUUGUGCGACAUUACUACAAUAUCCCAUUAUCCGCAAGUGACGCUCUUCUGGUCAAACACUUCAGAAAGAUUAAAACAGAGGCCAGAGGUAGUCAUGAGAGGUUCGUGAUAGGAAUCGCAUCGCUUGACCAUGCCCAAAAUGGUGGCCACGUCAUAAUUCAGAUUGUACCGGUAUCCAUGUCACCGGACUCUGGUCAUUGA